AUGCUCUUCCCGCAACCGAGAAACGCCACAUAUGCCUUCGAGGCGGUCGUCAGUGUGCUCAAGGUGGUACAGCACUCGCUUUUCGGGUUAAAUGUCGAGUUUGACUCGUGGAAUCUCGUCUUCAACAUCGUCUCCGAUAUCGCUAUCGUGAUGAGCACACAGUUUAUGAUCAUGUUGGCCAUUGAGCGUUCCUACGCCAUGUGGACAGUGAUCACCUAUGAGGAUUCCGAUUCAGCGCUGCUCGCAUUCUUUCUCUCGUUUAUCAUGGCACGUUUAUGGGAUUGGCUUUGUCAAUUCAAAGUAGUGUUCAUCGUCUCGUACACGGUGAUGCUCGUCUCGUGUGUGAUUUUCAUCUUUUUCCCAAUCGCUUGCAAGCGAGCGCACAGAACCGUCAGCCAUGCACGAUACGCGACCGUUGCUCAAAGAUUUCGCGCCUCUCGAAAUGUGAAAGCGGCCCGUUUAUUGAUGUACUUAUCCCCAUACAAAUGUGUGACAAACCUCUUCUCAUUGUGCCUAUACAUUUGCGUUUUUCAAAACACCGACCCAUUGCUCAUCCCUUUGUUCUCCGAGUUCUACUUCUACUAUCACGUGGCACAGUGCUUUCUUUUCAUGGUGCUAACGACAGUGUUGCACGAUUCAUUGCGAGAGACUCUGGUUCAGGAAAUCAAUCUUCAAAUCAAAAUCCCCGGAGAGAAAGAAACACCAAAAGAGAUUCUUUCCGUUGACGGGCAAAAAAUGAUGUUCCCAGCGAAAGAGGAAGGCCGAAUCUACUUCGAUCAGCUAGCAUUGGAUUGGGGAACGUCGAUCGACCAUCGACGAUGGGGCGCACAACAGCGCCGAAUUCACAACGAUCGCCAAAACCAUCAGAGUCGACCAAAAACGCAAAGCGUUUCACCACCGCUGCCACCGAUACAACCAGAAGAGGGAAAUCGCGGAGAAACGAGAGUUCGCUUUGAAAUGGUGAGCACAACGGAUCGACAGAGCCAAGAAGAAACGCCAAAUCAGUCUUUGUCAAGUGCAUCGAUUCAGGAGAAACAAAGAAGCAAUGUUCGCGACGAUCCGAUCAUCACACCAAUGCUUGAGAAAUAUGACACAAUCGCUGAAGAAGACUCGUUAGGCGGAUUGCCGAGUAGUCGAGCAACAAAUCGGAAAAACGAGGCUCAGGAUUUGCGCGAUUUGCACUCGACCCGAAUGCAGAGAUACCAUCGUCAAACGACGAUGACGAUGAGCUUUGAUGUCGCACCGAAAGGUGAUUUGUUCCCGAGAAAUGAGAGCGACAAGAAAAAGCGAAUCGAAUCACCGUGGGGAAAGGAUCUUCUGCAAUCGUUGCCGAAACGGAAACGCUCGAGGCGUCGAAUCUUUCAAACAAUCAAAAUGCCUACGAUUGAUGAU